UUUCCGCGUGACCACCACUACACAUCCUCUCGUGCACGCGGUUGCUUCAAAACCAAGAUGGCUGCUCACAGUGCCGUAUUCUCGGUGUCCAAAAUUCUCACUUCUUUUAGGGGUGGACACCUCGGAAAUACGGCUAAAGUCUUUGGAACUACUGUUACAAGUCAGAGGAAUAAGGCUGUGCUCACAGGAGAAAACAUCCCACCUCCUGCAAAGUAUGGUGGCAGACACACUGUGACUCUGAUUCCUGGAGAUGGAAUUGGUCCGGAGUUGCUCGGUCAUGUUAGAGAAGUUUUCAGGUUCAGCUGUGUACCUGUGGACUUUGAAGUGGUGAAUGUAAACUCUGCUUUGGAGACUGAGGUUGAUAUCAAUAAUGCCAUCACUGCCAUCCGCAGAAAUGGAGUUGCUCUUAAAGGUAACAUAGAAACCAAACACACCAUGCCACCCUCUGUCAAAUCCAGAAACAAUGUACUUCGUACAAGCUUAGAUCUGUAUGCCAAUGUGAUGCACUGCCAGUCCCUCCCUGGAGUCCAGACUCGCCACAAGAAUAUUGACAUCAUGAUCAUCAGGGAGAACACAGAGGGGGAGUACAGCAGUCUGGAGCACGAGAGUGUUUCUGGGGUGGUGGAGAGCCUUAAAAUUAUCACCAGGAAUAACUCCCUCAGGAUUGCUGACUAUGCUUUCCGACUGGCUAGAGAAAAAGGUCGCCGCAGGGUCACUGCUGUGCACAAGGCCAAUAUUAUGAAGCUUGGUGACGGCUUAUUCCUGCAGUGCUGCAGAGAGGUGGCCUCAGGCUAUCCAGACAUCACAUUUGACAGCAUGAUUGUAGACAAUACUACCAUGCAGCUGGUGUCCAAGCCACAGCAAUUUGAUGUGAUGGUGAUGCCCAAUCUGUAUGGGAAUGUGGUGAGCAAUGUUUGUGCUGGCCUGGUGGGAGGGCCUGGCCUGGUGCCUGGAGCCAAUUAUGGCCGUGAUUAUGCUGUCUUUGAAACAGCCACAAGGAACACAGGAAAGAGUAUUGCAGACAGGAACAUUGCUAACCCCACUGCCAUGCUGUUAGCCAGCUGCAUGAUGCUGGACCACCUAAAGCUCUUUGAUUAUGCAAGUUCGAUCCGUAAUGCAGUCCUCACCACCAUGAAUGAAACCAGGUUGCAUACAGCUGAUAUCGGAGGCCAGGGCACUACCUCAGAGGUGGUGCAGUCAGUCAUGAGGAUCAUCCAGAGUAAGGGGCAACUCACAGCUGAGCUCUAAACACCAAAGUCAUCAGAGGAGGAGUAGGAGCGUGUGUCUGCCACAGGUGUACGAUAUAAGAAGAUCCACACGCAUGUCUGUUCCACUAGGUCACGUCUUAUCACCGCCGUCAUAACAGUUGUCCUUUUUCUUUUUCACGCUGCUUACUGACCACUGUACUGCACAAACUGCCUUUUACUAACACCUGGUCUCAUUUAGAACGGUUACCUUUUGAUACAUUUCCAUCAUCACCCCUAUGGUGAGAAGUCCUUAUAGUGCGGUUCAUCCACUUUGAAAUCUGUCUGAGGCGUUAGUAAGCUUCUUGGAUCAUGUUAAAUACCACUCACAUAUUCAAUUCUUUCAAUUUCAAGGUGGAUCCUUAUUUAUUUUACAACUUACAACCUCUUUUGUCGAAAGUGCAAUGCCCAUUAAAUGCCUUAUCAGAUCAGCUGUGCAUUAAAAAUGGUGACUUGGCAUCUUCUUUUAUACUGUAUCAUGACAGGUGGUGUAUAUGUUAACUUAUGUCAAUGUGCCAUUGUAGUCUUCUCAUGUAAAUGUGAAUCCCAUCAUGUAAAUGUGGAUUAUAUCAUUGCAAUAUACGGUUCUUUUGUUAAAGUUUAACAUGGCAGGAUUAAGACGUUUUUUUCUUAAAUCUGUGGACAUGUACAUGUAGAACAUAAAUAUUAUCAAUAAAGAAAUAAUCUACCUUGAAAUGCU